AAGUGUUGUUGCAAAAUGUGGACUAUUAUCAACCAAUUUAUAAGUUCGUUAAAAACACUUUUGGUUCAGUUUGACGUUACACCGGUUUGACAGUAUGCAACGAAAGUGAGUUUUAAAUGUGUGAAAUGUGAAGUGAACCAACUUAAAAAACCGUACAAACGCAUUACCAUUAAAAUAAAGACAGCUUUAGUGAAACUAGUGAUAUCAAAAUAUGAACUGUGAAGUGAACAAAGAACUGACUCAUCACCAUCAAAAAUAAAGACUUGGCUUAAAGGUCUUAGAUACCAGGCCAUAAAAUUACAAAAAAAAAAAAAAUUAAGGUACUUUUCUAUUGUCAAGAGUCAAGACAUUCGUUAUUCUUGGUUAUUCUAUGUUCCUGAUAAAAGUGAUAAAUUAAGUUUUUUUUUUGUUCAAUUGCCAGUACAACAUUGUUUUGUGAACUGAUAGGCGUAACUUUACCAUCAAAUUUUAACAUAGCACUGUUCAUCAUGCCAAUGAAGCUAGCAAUUACACAAAAACAACUAGGAACAUUCUUGAAAUUAAGAUGCAUGAUAAGCAUUUUCGACGAAGUAAGUGAGGUGCAAAGUGAAAUAUUCACUGUUAAUAAUUUAGUUACAGUGCGAUUACAAUUUUACAACAAGGAUAAUGACAGUGCAUUGUUAACUUUCAUUCAUGCACAAAAAUGUACAAAAGCUAAAGGUGAUAAAGUUAAAUUGAAGGUGUCUUCUCAUGAAUUUAAUAAGCCAUUUUAUUCUGAGUGGCUCUGCAAAGAGAUACCGGAAUCCCAUAACCUUGGGGAAAAAAGUGAUUGUGAUGUAAGUCUAAAUAAUGUGCGCACAUGUCUUUUGAACAUAACUAUUUCUGCCCACAAAGUCGAAGACUGUCUGCUUGUGAAGCUUUAUAAUGAUGUGGAUUUCACAGACUUUCAUUUGGUAUCAGAUGAUGGUAGUGUUGCCGUACAUAGAGCACAUCUGGCAGCUCAUAGUGAUGUGUUCAAGGCAAUGCUCAGCCGAGAAUGGAAGGAGAAGACUGAGGGUAAGGUUCAAAUAAAGGGGGUUACACUGCAAACUCUCCUGCAUUUGAAACGGUAUAUGUACUUGGGCACUCUGCCCGAAGAAGGCCUGCAGCCAUUACUAUUGAUUGCUUCAUACUAUUUAAUUGACGAUCUGAAGGCAACAUGUAUAUCAUCGCUUGUCCAUAUGGCUAAACCUGGAGACUGGUUUAGUCUCUUUGAGUUUGCAUCAGAGAAUAAUAUACCUGAGUUGUUAUGUGCCAUCACAUUAGUGAAUCCGGACUGGGCCCUGGAGUGGGCCACACAAAUGACUAAGAAAGAGACUUCUGAAGCAAAACUUGACUAAAAAAUACUUCCUACUUACAUAUUAUAUUCCUUUAUAAUUUUACAGCUUAACUAAUGACCCAUUAAUUAUAAA